UUAAUAACAACUGUAUAAAUGAUUCACGAUUUUUGUUAAGUUUUCGGAUAUUUUUAUGAAUAUACAAUAUGAAAUCACAUGUAUAUAAUGCUAAGAGGAACACUCACAGUGUAUGCCACUGGAAAUCUCUUGGGGUUUCUUAUUUUCAGUCAUUACAGCUAACAUGGGAGUUAGUUACUGGUUGCUUCAGUUUUCAGAUGCAUUUAUAGGCUAUCAUUAAAAAACAAAACAAAAAAACCCCCUGUAGGUUUUUUUAAAAUUGAAAUACAAUGGCAGAUGUGAGAGCUGAAAUUUUGGCUGCAAGCAGAUCUCGAACUGGGUGGCUUGAAGGUUCUGUUCAGGCUACAGAGAGUCAGCCAUUUGUUAGUAAAGUCAAAUCCAGUUUUGAAGAAAAGAAUAUAAAUCAAGAGAACAAAUUGGCUUCAAAUGCUUCAAAAUCAGAAGCUGUGCGAAGAUUAGGUAGUAAAGUAAGCUCAAUAGCUACUCUUUUCCAAUCAUUCUCUCCUCAUCGUACUGAUUGUCCAAAACCUUGCAAUGUUCCAAUUGUAAAUAAAGGUGGUGUAAGUAAAAAUGCUCAAAGAGUUACUGCAUUGGAGCAAGAAAAUAAAGAAAUAGAGCCAGAAGCCACAUCUUUACCGAAAAAUGAAACAGAAAGUCAUCAAAAACGAUUUAAUAGUGCACGUGCCAUUUUUGAACAACUUGGUGAUAAAGGUAAAAGCAGUAGUAAGUCGUCAGAUUACUCUAAAAUUCAGGGUGCAAAUGAUUCUAGUUCAUCAAAAUAUACUCAAGAGCGAGAAAGAAUUCCUUCAUAUUCUAGUCAAUCAUCUCCAGAUGAAGAGCAGAGAGGAAUACCUUUCCACCACAAGUCUCCAGUUUAUCAAACUAUUGGACAGAAUAGCCAAGUGGAAAAGACUGGGGAAAAAUCAAGACCAGAUGAUUUGCCAUCUGCCAGGGAUGCUGAAAAUAGCAUUCCUGAAUGUACUAGGACUUAUACUCAGAAUUCUCCUAUUUAUGAAGAAAUCCCUGGUCUUACAAGAGAUUAUUGCUGUAAUCAAACAUCAAAAGCAUAUGGACAUUAUGAAAGUAUUACUAAGUCAGAAGAAGAUACAAAUGCGAAUACAACCAGUUUGUAUAGUGAACCAUUUACUCAACCUAUAAAAGCUCAGCCUAUUUUGAAUUCUGACCAAAAUUCUGAUGCAUCAUUUCCCAUAUAUGCAAAAGUUAUUAAAAAGCGUUCAAAACACUCAACUAAUAUCAGUAACUUAGAGCCAGGAACUAAUGAAGACAAUAAAGCAAAUAAGAGUUAUGACUCGGAAGAUGCUCAGAACAAAGAAAAUAUUCCUAAAAAGUCAGAUGCUUUAGAUACCAGCUGGGAAAAUAUCAGUGGCACAGAUAGCAUUCCUUGGAAAAAGAAAAGUGGUGGCAGUUCUAGUGAUCAGGAAGAUGUUGAGGAACAGGGGUUUUAUGGAGUAUCAAGUGAUUUAAGGGAUGCUGCUGGGGAAACAUUGGCUGAGUUUGAAGGUCGAGAUCAUGAACUAUUUUUUGUAGAAGCAGUGUUACGGUCUCAAUGUUCAAACAAUUUGGAAGAACCAUUUACAGAUCAUAAGCAUAGCAGCUCUUCUGAUCCUAAAGUAGAUUUUAUGACUAAAGAAGAAGCUGAUCAUUUUCUAAGCCGGUCUCCAAAUGAGAGUAGUGAAAAACAUUCUGUACAGAGUCUCAUUGGAAAUUCACACAAUGUAGUUGAUAGUGAUCAAUCUGAAACCUGGUCUGUCCCCAACUCAGUAGCUGGAGAAACUGAUGAUGAUGACCUGGGCAGUGAUGAUAACAUUUCUGCUAUACCAUUCCCAGCAGGAACAAAUGUGCUUUAUGAAGAUAUCAACUAUCAUAUUUUGCCUGAUGGGCAUUUUGUAACAGAAUUACCUGGAUUAGAUGAUGAGAGUGAUGACGAAGAUAUAUUUUGUCCUGUUCCUCCCAAAAAGAAAACAAAAGUCCGAUUUAAUUAUGACCCUAUCAAGGUAUUCAGCACUUUUUCUGUUGAAGACUAUGAUCGUCAUAAUGAUGAUGUGGAUCCUGUAGCAGCAUCAGCGGAAUAUGAAUUAGAAAAGAGAAUAGAAAAAAUGGAAGUUUUUCCUGUUGAACUUGUUAAAGGCCCUGAAGGUUUAGGACUCAGUAUAAUUGGAAUGGGUGUUGGUGCUGAUGCUGGUUUAGAAAAACUAGGAAUUUUUGUGAAAUCUAUUACAGCUUCUGGAGCAGCUCACAAAGAUGGAAGGAUUGCCGUGAAUGAUCAAAUAAUUGAAGUAGAUGACAAGUCUUUAGUUGGUGUGACACAAGCUUAUGCAGCAUCUGUUCUAAGGAAUACAUCUGGUCUUGUAAGAUUUCUGAUUGGACGAGAACAUAACCCUGAAAAUAGCGAAAUUGCUCAAUUAAUUUCUCAAUCAAUUCAAGCUGAUAAAGACCAUCAGAAGGCUUGUGGUUACCAGAGAGAUGAAGAUCAGAGUGGCGAUAGUUCUCAUCUCUCUCAGGGUUCUACACCAGAAGAAGGCGAGGAUGCUCCAACUGUUGAAGUUUUUGAUUUGACUAGUGGAAGUAGUGGCUCACUCUCUCCAGACACUGAUGUUGAGACAUUGCGUACAAAAUUAAAAGAGGUUCAGUAUCGAAGUGCUGUUGCUGAAGCAGAUUUACAACAAGCCAAAGAAAAGUUGCAAUGCUUAGAGAAAAUUGAAUCGGAGCGGUCAAAGAUGUUGAAAAAAAUAGAUAGUUUGCAACAUCAAGUGAAUGAGAAAGAAUUAUCUGUACAAGCUGCAAAACAACAAAUUGAAGAAUAUAAAUUUAAAGUUAGCAAAGCUCAACAGCAACUUCAUGAACUGGAAAAAAAAUACAGCAAAGCGAAAAAAAUUAUCAAAGAAUUUCAAAAAAGAGAGAAAGACUAUAUUCAACAAGAAGAUUUUCGCAUGCAGCAGAUGCAAGAGAAAGACCAGGAAUAUAAUGCUUUGGUUAAAAUUCUGAAAGACCGGGUUAUAUUACUGGAACAUACCUUAACAGAAGUUCAAAAGUCUGCAGGUCUUCCUAUUGAGCUUCCAUAUGAUGUCCAUCAACUGACUCCAAUAUUAAGGAAAAAGAAUGGUGUACAAUCAGAGUCAAAGCUAAAUUUUGAACAAAUUGAAGUUGACAUGUCUGAUGGUUCUGAUUCGGAACAUGGAAAGAGAACUCACAGUCCUGAUGCACCAAGUGAAGACAGUGAAAAAAGGUCUACAGUUGAACGAAAAAUUCCAAAGGAAGAACAGAAGAGUCAAUCGCAUCCACUUCCAGAUCUUUUGGAAGCGAGUUCUGCCAAAUCUUAUAGUGAAAACGAUGUUAAAACUCAUGGAUCUGCAGACUCUAAGAUAUUUGAGCCAGAAAAUAAUACUCACGUUGAUGAACCCUUCCCCAGUGUUGCCAGCCUGAAGAGCAAAUUUGAAACUGGAUUUUCUCCACAAAUGAGAUCUAUCUCAUUUGCUGAAGAAAUUAAAGUUGCUGUUUUAGAGUGGAAUUCCAAAGUUGGUGGAUCAAGUGAGAAUAAUUUAACUAGAAGUCCUCAAAGCUUAGAUAAUUUAGAACAAGUAAUAUCAAAUGGCAGCUUAGAUGAAAAGUUUAUUGAGCAGCAUCAAGUAGUACCUCCUAGUUAUCAGCAUGCAACUGGCGAAAAUUUUGGUUACCCUAAUUUCCAACCCUUAUCUCCAGUUGGAUAUAGAGAUGAAGAAUCAUCUCCUCUUGCAGCCAGUACACCACCACCUGUUGAAAUUCCCCCAAAGAAAAGAAAUAUGAUACAAGGCGAUCGAUUAUCUGCAAGCCUAGAUGGUUCCAGGGAAGAUUUAAUGAAAGAAAUGAAACCUAAUUUUCUGGCUCCUCAAAAUUCAUCUGUCUUACCACCUCGAGUACCUGAGCGAAGUAGCAGCCGUGAUCGCCGUCCAAACAAUUGGCAGGGAAGACCUGUUCACUUGUGGACCACAACACAAGUAGGCCAGUGGCUCAUGGUUUUAGGAUUGGAACAAUACAUUAAAACCUUUCAAGCUCAUGAAAUAACUGGCAUACAUCUUCUUAAUCUCGACAGUACAAAACUUAAAGCAAUUGGUGUGAACAGCAGUAGUGACAGAUCAGUAAUCAAGAAAAAAGUGAAAGAAAUGAAAGCAUUGCUGGAGAAAGAAAGGAAAGCUCAUGAGAAAGAACAGAAGGCUUUAGAAAAGCUACAAAAAAAGGCCGAAAAAGCACGUAAGAAAUGACUGAGAAAGGUUAAAAAAAAUUGUGCAAAAGUAUUUAACUUAGCUGCAACUUCCUGUAAAAGUGCCAAAAACUGCUCCAUUUCUUCUGAAUGAUUUGUGCAACUGAAAGUUAUAUUACCUUAGCAUUUAAUUGCUGUUCAAUGGCAGAGUAAUUUUAUUAUUUUUUUUACAUGAUACUUGAUUGCAGUCAUAUUAGUUUUGUUGGAAGAUUUAAAAAUUAUUUUUGUUAAAUUUUUAGCAUUUUUUAAAGCAUUUGUUAUGUUUUACUUAUUUGCAGUAUCUUAUUUUUAUUUGUAAAUAGUAAAAGAUGUAAUUAGAGCUCGUGGAUAAAAUUAUUACGAGCAUUUUAUAACUCUUUUAUAUAUUUAUACACUAGUGAUUGUGUAGUAAAUAUACACUGAAAUAUAUGUUCGCGUUCUUUGUAUUUUGCUUGUGAUAUUUAUUCAGUCAUUUGCCUGCUGUAAAGUAUUUUAGGGUGUAUCCUUUCAACCAUAAAAGGCAUUUAACAAUCGCGUAACUUUAUUGAAAGGCAUGGAAUUACAGGACCAGUUAAUGCUAUUUUAUAUAGAUGCAAACUGUGUGAAGACAUUGAUUUAUGUCUGAAUUAUCAGUUUGGAUUUUGUUUUGAGUACUUAAAUUUGCGAUUUUUACUUGCGAAUUUUUAAUGAAAGAAUGCAUUUACAUUUAUAUCUUGAUUAUUAUUUAUAUUUCCGAAAAAUUUAACUUUGACUUUAGUAUGUGCAAUUUUCUUUCUUUUUAUUUUUUUAUUUCGUUGUUAUCUUUAAGAGAAAGCUUUUAAUAAGAUUUUUUUUUUCAUUUUGUGAUUAUAUGCUUUUGAUUUUAGAGUGUCUUAUAUUUAGAUUUUUUUUGCUUCCGAUUUUAUGUGAUUUACUUUUAGUUUCCAAUUCUAUAUUGGAAAUAGUUCGUGCAUUUCGCUUUCAAAAAGUCAAAAUGUGUAUAUUGAAAACUGCAAAGCUUUAUUUAAAAUAUAGUCAGAGGACACUGCCAUUAUACCUUAUUUUUUUAAUCCCAUUUUCUGUGAUCGAUUUUGUUUUUUUUUUGCUUUAAACUUUAAAAGUAAAAAAGAAAAUACUGUUAGUUUUUAGUCAUCUGGAAUGUAUAUAUAUUUCUUUGUGAAAUUUGUUGAAGAGGCAUUUAAGUAGAUUAAGUAGUAUUAAAAGGAUUUCAUUGCAAUUGUGGUUAGUAAAUUAACAGUAUUUGGUUUUUCUUUUUGUGUAUCAGAUAUUUGAUAUCUAUACUUUUUUCAAACGGGGGAAGAUAUUCAGUUUAUAUUGUUUCUAUUAGCAUAUGUACCUAUAAAGCAAACCUAUAUUUCAAUUCAAACAUUGAAAUUGAUUAUCAGCAUUUAUUUUGUUUUUAAAAUUGUUAACAUUAUAAUACGUAUCCUUAAAACACUCAUCUGUAUUCAUCAUUUUCUCAUUAAAUUAACCAUGUGUAAUGUUUGAGAGUACAUUAGUCUCAGUUAUCUGACAUAAAUAGGAAAUGCCAUAUUGGUUAAGGAAAGUUGUAACAUAAUAACUUUGGAAAAUAAAAGAAUGCUUUUAUUUAAAAUUUUUCAUAUUAAACAGCAUCUUAUUAUGCAUUAUUGUUAUUUUAAGAUAAAAGGGAAGAUUCAUAACCAACAAACUAGUCAAGUGGGAAAAGCGUAAACAUGAUUGAACAAUCUCUAAGAUCAAAAUAAUUAAUUUAGUUAAAAAAAUAUUUUUAAAUGUAAGUUUCUUCAUAGCAAACCAUUCCCCCCCCCCCUUUCUUGCUGCUGUACCACGUCUUGAAAGUCACCACUUCUUUAUUUGAGGCUUCUUCUUGCUUAGCGUAUUUCAAGGUUAUUUCAGCAUUUUAUCUUUCAGUAUGAGUAUUUCUAAAAUGUCUAGCGUCACAUGUCUAUUCUUCCAGCUCAUUCUCAUUAUUUUAGGAGAUGAAUUAUUUCAUCAGUUUCUAAAAGUCAUGAAAAAACUUAAUGAAGAAUUAACAUGACGCUCUAUCACCGUGAUCUAAUUGAUUUGAAUCCGCCUAUUGCAUUCACCCUGGAGCCUUAUCUUGAUGUCCUACGAAAAGGAAAGUAAAAGUCCUAGUAAAAGUGAAUUGAAUGAUUUUUAGAUUAUAAUGUUUAGCUAAUUCAGAACGAUUUUGCUAAAAUAGAAUGUCAGCUGACUGAGACUUGUACAAAAGUGAACCAUGACACCACGGUAUUAACAUUAUUAUGGUGUAGUGAAUAUUUCUGUAUUGAAUUAAUUUUGGUUUUGUUUCUAAUGAGAUAUAUAAAAAAAUGACACUAACUUUGUCUUGGUUAUCUCCAUAUAGUAAAAAAAUUAUUUUUUCACAAUGCGGAAUAAUUGUGUUGAUAAGCAUUGUGUCCCCCAUCGAAAGCUGCAUACAGAUUGCACCCAAACAAUUUUUGUGUUAACACCAAUUUAAGCAAAUGCACGUGAGAUAACAGAUAUUUUUCUGUGCCAUUUGACUUCUAAUAAAUUGUAUAUUAAACUGAGAAUAAUUGCUUGAAAGUGUCUGGAACCAUCUAAAUCCCAGGGAUAUUUAAAAUCAUUUUAAUGUAAGCUUUAUUCAUUUUACUAUUCUAUGUGGUAAAUUAUUUUGAGGAAUGAUUAUUUUGUGUUAUAUUUCCUAUGUUUUGUGUAAUUUUCUAUCAAAUUUAUAUUUCAAAAUCUACGAAAAUUAAUUGGUGAAAGUGCCCUAUGUGUAUUAUGAAUUGUAGGAAGAUGAAGUGUAUUGCAAUAUCACAAUCUUUGAAGUACUCAUUUUUAUGUUCCUAUUCUUUUUCGUGAAGGAAUUUAAUUAAGUGAUUUAAAAUUAAAAAAAAAUAAAAACCGGCGGCAAUCUAAAAAUCACACUCACAAUAUGUAUGUAUUUUGUGUAUUUUAAUAUUUUUUGGAGCCAUUUAUUUAUUUCUGAAUGAAAAUAGUUUCUUUUCUUGUAAUUUAGAUUCUUAUGAAUGUAAUAAGUUAGAAUUUAUAAUUUUGCUCAUGGUAACACUAUUAUUUAAUAUUCCUAAUUAUUGCAGUUGACCAUACAGCUUUAUAAAUUAUCGCCAUUGCUACCUGGAGAAUUUUCGGAAUUUUUUUUAACUGAUAAUAGAUGCAUUGAUUAAGCAGUUGAUUUCUGUUUUAUGUUUGAAGAAAAAUGGACUAAGAACAUUCUAAUAUCGCAAAAUUCUUCAAUGUUGUUAGUUUUGAUACAUCUCUGAAAAUGAGCAACUUCGGACGAGAAUAUGAACUUUGAAGCAUACAUAAAUCUAUGAUUUUGUUCUAUGUAAUUUAUUUCUAUGACGAAGAAAAAAAUUGCUUGAAAUAUUAAUGAAAUAAUUUUGUAAAGUUUAUAAUAUUUAGGCUAUUAAAUAAGAUUGAGAGUAACUGCUUAAACCGUUUUGGGGGAAGUUAUACCUAUAAAGAUAAUGAAUCUGUAUAUCUUGCAUCUUUUUUUUAAUCCAAAAAAAUGCGAUUACUGAACAUUGCAAUAAUAGAAGAUGGAGCCGUAGCACCAAAAAUGGAACACAUGUGUAAUCACGGAAACACGGUAUAGAUAAGUCUAAUUUUGAUUUCAGUGACGGUUUUAUUCAUGGGAUUCUUGGAUUGCAGCUAGUGAGGAUGCGCGAGACUGUUAUAACUUCAUGAGAGAAUGGAAUAAAUUUCUUUGGCGGGACUAACAACAUUCAAUCCGCAGAAGCAUCGCGGUGAUGUUUAGUCAUUCACACGUGAGUUUAUUGAAUGGUUUGUUUAUUAUUUAAGAAUUUAUGAGCUCAUUAAGAGUGGAUUAGAGAAUUUUUUUAAACAAUGCGUUGCUCAAAAUCCGUAUUUAAUACAAAUUGGACGGAUAAAAAUUUGAAUCCUGACUUUGCUAAAUGGGUUAGAGAAGUUCUACAAAAUCCAUUUGCUGUGUCAUUUGUUGCCAAAAUCCACUUGCUUUAUAAGAAGAUAAUAAUCUUAAGUAAUAUAAGAAAACAUGUUCCUAUUAGUAAUGCCAGAAGAGGGAAACAUACAAAAUUGCGUGCAAGCUCAAGACAGGUCAUAAUUGAUAUUGAAUUUUGUGUCUGAAAGAAAUACAGAAGACGAUGAUAGGCCAAAUCUGAAAAAGUCAAAUUUAAUGUUUUGAAAAGAUGCCGAUUUCGAACUUUUUAGUUCAAGAACAAUAAUUUAUAGCUGAACUUUUAUGGGCAUUAAAAUUUGUUACGUCGCAUUCGUCCUUUAAUGCAUUCAGUGACGGAAAUAUUUUCACGCAUGUUCAUUAAUAAUGAAAUAGCCAAAAAAUGUACUUUAGAUCGUAAAAAAUUAAAAACAUUUUUAAAUCUUUAAAAAAUGUAAAUGCUUUGACGAAGCUUUGAACCGCAUUUCACAAAAAUAUCAAAUGGAUCUUAUUGUAAGAUAUUGGCAUAAAUCAACCAAUAGAGUCUCCAGAAGAUAUUGGAAUUCAGUAUUUUUAAAGCAUACUACUGCUCAAGAAUUGGUUGGUAAUUUUAAAGAAAUUACAUUAAUUUACAAAUUAGUAUGGUUAGAUCAAAUGUAAAUUUAAAAUUUUAAAAAUAUGUCGAAGGAGAACUUAUGUGCGAAAACGACUGUAAAAUAUUAGUUAUAGUUUCUCGUGGACUAAAUAUCUAUUGAGCAUUUCAGUAUGAACAUAUAUCUACUCAAUGGAAGGCAGAUGUUAUUCUUAGAGAAAUUUGUAGAAUAUUUAAAGGUAAGAAAGCUAGACGUGCUGAUUUCUUGGAAGUCACUGAUUCUUUUGAAUUUUCAUUGAAAUUUUGACAAAAUGCCAGUGUUUGCAAAAGUACUUUAAAGGUAUUUGACAACGUAAAGAAAUACAUAGAUUUCAAUUUAAAAAACUUUUUCUGGAUCUACCACGGGUUAUGCUAUUCGUGCAUUUGCUCUUAUAUUGCAUAUACGUACUGGGGAAACACAGAUAAUUUUUUUUUCUUUCUAAAUUUGAGUGGCAAUUCUGUUUGAAACAGAUAAUCAGCCAGAAUUGACCAGCAACUAACAGAAAGAAAUGAGACAUCAAACUGGCUUGAAAUAAACAACAUGAAAAAAAGCUAAAUUUCAUAAAAUAAUGUAUUCUGCCAAACGUAAACGUCGAGAAGUAAAAUAAUUAUGGUAAAAUUAAUAAAUUUAUGCAAAAAAGGCUUGAGGUAUUACAAAUAUUAUUGAAGUAUUACUCAAAGAAUGAAACGGUCUCAAGAAGGAUAAAAUUCGAUUAAAAGAAUAAAGGGGGAAAAACCCACCGCUGAAAUUUACGUUUCCACUGAAAUGCAAUGUCAAAUGCGAAAUAAAAGUGCAAUCCCAUAACUACAUGAUACUCAAAAGUACUCAAAAUUAAUCAUUAAAAUUUGAUGGUGAUCUGCUAAUAGAAAAAAAAAAAGCAUUGCUAAAUGCAAAAUUAUAUAUAUAUAAUAUUCCUCAAUAGAAGAAAAGAAAUGUAACUCAGUGCUAUCUGUAUAUGCUUUCAUAAACGCUUAACGGUUUACUUGCAUUCUUAAUUCGCUAACAUUAAGGGGAAAAAAACACACACACACCCAAAUGCUAAAAGAGCGUUACUGGCAUUUUUAGAUAAUUCUUAUAUAAAGAGAUGAUAAUUUUUAUUUUACAUCUCAUUUUUUCUUUCUGCUUCUGUAAGAAUCGCGUUCUAGAAUUGUUCAGAUGAAGAUUCUCUGCAUUUUUUUUUUUGUGUUUUUUUUGUUUUAUAAACUUGGAAAAAGUUUUCUUCUGCUUCAAGUUUUAAUGACCCAUUCUUUUAAUGGAAGAGAAAUUUGUAUUAUGAACCAUGCUGUUGUUAUCACCGCAUUAAACGAAUAAUUUAUUCAUCAUUUUUUUUUUUUGUUAUACCUUUGUUGAAGUCUGGAAAUAUACUCGUAUUAUUUGUAAUGUAUAUGAGGAGAAGUUACUAUGGUAUUUAUCAUUAACUUUUUAAAAAAAUUUUUAUCAGCAAAUUGUUUCCUCUUUUUAUGAAAAUCUCCAUUGCCUAGAAAAUAUUUAUCAUGAACUUUUUAAAAAAUUUUUAUCAGCAUAUUGUUUCCUCUUUUUAUGAAAAUUUCCAUUGCCUAGAAAAAUUCUUUUGAAUGGGGUUUAAUAAAGACAACAAAAUUUACUACAGUGAUGAUUGUGGUAAUUUUCUUAAUGAGUCCGUUGAUCAUUGUUGAUUGCUCAUUAUAUAAAAUAUAUAUGUUUCUGUGCAUGUAUCUUAAAUUUUGAUCUGCUUUCGAAUUUUCUUCUCUUAUAUAUAUAUAUAUAUAACGGGAGAAAUUUUAAAUGCUUUCUACAAGAGUGACAAGUUUUUCACAGUAUUAUAAACAUUUUUUAAGUUAUUAUUGUUAAGUUAUUAUUGCAUCGAAUAUCAAACGAGCAUUCACAACAAUAUGCUUUAUUAGACCUAUCAAAUGAAAAUAUUAUAAUUUAACUAACAAUAGCAUUAUAAAUAUAAUAAUGAUAAAUAUAGAAAGACAAAUUAUAUUUGAAUGAUAAAAGAAAUUUGAAUGUGCAACUUAAUCAAAUAGUGAGUGAGUAUAUAAAUGUUUUGACAGAAACUGGUUGAUUAACCAUAAUGUGCCAACUAAAAUAAAUGUGAAGCCACUUUUAAUCAAAAAAAUGUAUUGAAAUAUUGCUAAUUAAGUUCCUUUAAAUUAUAUUCAAUUCAUUUAUGGCAUAUAUUUUUUCUGCAUGAUCCUGCAUAGUGAGUAAAAUGAACAGUUUUAUUUCCAAUCACCAAUGUUCUUAGAUACUUAUAUUUGUAUGUUAUUUAAACAGCUGUAAAUAAUAUAUAUAAGUAAAAUCUUUUUGAUGAUUAUCUAUUUCCUUGUAUAAAAUAUACUUUUUAUAUUAAGUGAAAAUGGAAAGGAUUAAAAUUUCUUUAUAGAUAUAUUAAAUUUUAGAUGCUAAUUUAAAGAAUUUCCUAUAAAAAAGAAUUAUGAAAGAACCAUAUAUGACCAUCAUCCAAAAUGAGGGAAUUGGUUGAGCGUAGUGUAAAAGUAUAUAUGUCGGAGAUAAAAAAAAUAAUAAUUUCUUUGGAAUUUUUCUGCCAUGAAAUAAUAUUAACGAACAAAACACUUUGAAGAAGGAGACAAAUUUCUCACUUAAUAGUUUAGUUGUGAACUGGAUGUUUUCUCUUUAGAACUAUUCUUAAUAAUAGCAUAAUAUUUUUCAUAAAGUACAUGAUGACUCAGCUUUCAAUUUGAAAAGUGCAUAUAAUUUUAAUUAUUAUGAGCCUUAAAAUAUUUGAAAUUAGCGAGAAAAUCUUUCGAGUAAUAGAAAAAUGUUUUGUUUGAAUUGAUAUCAGAAUUUUUGGGAUGUUGUUAUUCGUUUCUCUCAGUUUUUAAAAAAACUUUUGCAGUCUGUAUUUAUAGCUGAAAAUCGGGAGGGUUCUCCUUCAAAUGGCUCCUAUACUUCUCUAAUAUAUGCUGAUUUUUUUGCUUAUCUUUGUUAGAAAAAGAAGAAAAUACAAGGGAUUUUGGAAAAAUAUUUCAUCCUGCUAACAGAUUUCGUGUAUAGUUUGAUAUGCAUUUAUUAUUUGAGUGUGAAAACCACAUUUUCAAUUCCAUUUGCCAAGCUGUUUGCGCUUUUGACCUGCUUUAUUCGUAUACCAAGGAUAAACAGGCAAGUAGGCAAUCUACCUAAGUAUAGAUUUGAUCUAAAAUUUUUGACUGAUCGACAAUUUUAAUGCUAAGACUCUAUGUCGAAUUUCAGUCAUCUAGCUUAUUGUUUUUUUAGUGCAUUAUUCACAUACAUAUAGACAGGCAGACAUAUUUCCAGUUGUAUGCGACUCGAAAUUUGAUACGGACCUACAAUUUGGGUGUAAAGACUUCGCAACCAAAUUUUAUACGUAUAGAUCAUUGCAUUUCAUGAUUGUUGUGACACCAUUCUUAAACAUGCUUCGGAAUUAUGGACUGUGAGAAGUUAAAAAAUAAAUAAAUAAAGAUUUAUAAAAAUCUCGAUAUCGAAUAUUUUGACGAUUGAAAUACUUUCUCUUUGUAUUCGAGACGGUAAAAAUAUCUGCUCAGGUUAAGAAAAAAUUAUUUAAUCUUCAAGAAAGAUAUAAUUUAAAUAUCAUUUCAAAAUUAAAUAAUUUGAACUGUUGUGUUUUGUUGCAAUUUCAUAUAAUAAAACGGAAAACUGUAUUAAUGCUCUCGUGUUGGCAUAUCAUUAACUCCCUACUGAAUCAGUUGGUACUGAUUAUUCCUGAAUAAUGUCCCUUUUAAAUUUUUUUACUUUAUCUCGUAUGUUUUAAUAUGUAAAUUUUAUAACAGAUGACUACAAUCAGUUAAUUAUGUUUAUCCAAAAAUGUGUUAUAUUUUAUUGAAAUCGAAAGGGGAUAAAUUAACAUUGGUCUUGAAAUAAUUAAUUAAAUAUUACAAUUUUAUUUUUAUGUGUACGUAUUUUUGCCAUAUUUGAAAGUUGUAAUAGUUGUAAAAUCUAUCUGAUUUAUCCUAUUAAAUAUUUUUAUGAAUUGUGUCGCUCGUUUGUGGUAUUAUCUUCACCCAAAAGAAUGCGGUUUGUUGUUUUAUGGCAAGACUACUUUUUUAAACUACGAUUUAAUUGUGUCUCUUUACCUCAUUGAUUAUCUUGAUUAAAUCUUUUUUUUUUAGCAUUUUAAAUGUAAUUUGUUAACAUUAUGAUCGUCACGAAGUAAGUGGGAUGAACCUCAUGAAGACAGUAAAUAUGAAACCUGAAAAAAGGGUAUUAAUAAUCAAUUGUUUAUUAAAAAGUCACCUGCUAGAUUCCUUGUAUGCAUGAAUAAUGUUAAAACAUUUUUUAAAAAAAUUCUAUUUUAUUGCUAGUUUGAAUAAAAUGAGUUCUUCGAAGAAUUUCACUAGUAGCUAAUUUUUCCCUCUCCUGGUAGCUAGCUGUCAGUUUUCUGAUUGUAAACUUGUGAAGUGUUUGAAAAAAAAAUGUGAGAGUGAAUUGCUGUAAUUAUCAUGAAAAAAAUGUAGAUGUGUAUGUGUCUAGGCAGUAUUAUGUGGAUGUAUAUCACAUCAUUUAUUAAUGCCAAAUGAAUUUUCUGUUGCUUUACUUCGUUUUAAUAUUCCUUUUUUAAAAUUCUGUUUUCUGCGUUAUUGCAUUUUCAUCUUUUUUUUUUUUGCCACUUGUCAUUAAUUCAUCUAUGCAUUGUGAUAUCUUUUUACUUAUUCUAGUGAAUGACUGUAAUCAUGAAAAUUUGUUUGAGUGAAAACAGUUUAUCAGUUAGUGUUGUAAAAAUUAUAGUGUAGAAUUUUCUAACUGAAUUGAUUUGUUCUACUUGUAUGAUCUUAUACGUAUAGUAUUUAUUUCAUGAGUUGUAAAUUGUAGAAGAGAGAAUCAUAUUGAUAAUUUUUGAAGAAAUUAGUUCUUGUGCUUUUUAAUGGUAAUCCAAAUUGUCUCCUUAGCAUAAAAUAGACAUCUGUUUAAAUUUUUUCCACUUUUUGUAAUAUUUUUUGAAAUGAAUCAAUUGAACCUCAAACAUUUAGAUUCCAUUCUGUGUAUACUCAUACAUAUUAGAUCGUUUAUAAUGUGAAUUGUUAACUGUACACUUCUCUCCAUUUGUUCCGAUUCUAAAGAAUUUUGUUACAUAUUGCAAUGUGUGUUUGUAAAUAAAUUUGAAUUUUUUAUGUGAAUUAUUGCUAGCUGCUUCUUUAAAACAAAAAAUGCUAUAUUUGUGAUUUUAUUUACAUAUU